AUGGCUUUAACAUGGUGCCUCAUUCUGUCUUCAGGUACACUAAUCAGUUGGAUGGCUUCUGAGCCGUGGAUAGAGUCUUUAUGGGCAGCCGCACUCGGGUCGGGUCUCGAUUGGGGAUUCAUCAACUCAACCAGCCCCUCCUUACGAUUGGUCGCCGUCUGCACAAAUGUUGGAGGAUUGGUUCUAACUGCUCUACUCCUAUCCAUUAUUUCUGAUGCUGUUCAGACAAAGUACGACAGUCUACGAAAAGGAGAAAGCUCUGUGACGGAAACUGGCCAUACCCUCAUAAUAGGGUGGUCUGUGAAGUCGCUUUCUGUCAUGGUUCAAUUGGCGAAAGCUGGAGAAAGCGCCGGAGGUAACGUCAUUGUAUGUCUUUCCGAUCAGCGAGAAAAAGAAGAUAUGGAAAACGAUAUUGCACAAUGUGAUUUCAGUUUUGCAAACGUGGGUACUAGAGUUGUUUGUAGAUCUGGAUCCCCCCUUUCAUAUCAAGACUUGCAAAAGGUGUCCUUCUUCCGAGCCCGGUCAAUAAUUAUCUUGGGUGAUGAUGAAAAUGAUGCUGAGACAAACGAUGCCCGUUCAUUACAAAUCCUUUUAAGCAUUAUUGUCGUCCCCCGGCCAGACAGAGUCGUCAUCGAAGUAAUGGAUACAGAAAAUGCUGCAAUAAUGACCUCAAUAUGCCCAGAGCUUGUCGAGCCUGUUCUAGCUAAUGAUGUGCUUGGAAGGUUGAUGCUGCAAGCAGCAAGAAAUCCCCUGGUAGCGGACGUUUGGCAAGAACUGCUGGGGUUCGACGGCUGCGAAACGUACUCAGGCCAGUGGGGGAUACUACGGGGACUGAGCUUUAAGGAGGUCCUUCUAUGCUUCGAAGAUGCAAUCCCGCUUGGAGUGAAGACCGCAUCUGGAGAUUUAAUGCUGAACCCUUCGGAUUCGUACGUCAUUGGUGAUGGCGACCAAAUUAUUGUUCUUGCAGAAGACGACGACACCUAUUGUGCUUCUAUUACACAUUCUCUCAUUAGGGAAGCGGUGUACGACCCCUACAAUCAUGCCAUGAGGUAUAUUGAACGGAUUUUGUUCUGUGGUUGGCGCUUUGACAUGGGAAACUUACUGCAGGUUUACUCUGCCGUUGCUCCAUUCGGAUCAGAAUUUUGGAUACUAUCUGAACUUGCUGUAGAACAGCGAGAAAGUGAGUUGUCACUCAGAGGGUGGGAGUCGAAUAGUCGAGUCAAGGUUGUGCACCGUGUUGGUGCAUGUCGACGAAAUGUGCUAGCCCAAUUACCUUUGGAAACUUUUUCAAGUGUUAUUGUUGGCGCAUCCGAUGCGCAUUCAAACCAUUUGAGGUCUUCUGACGCACGUGUGAUAACAGUAGUGAUGAUGAUACAGGAUAUCACCACGAGAAGAAACGAACCAUCUCCGGACAACGAAGCACGGAGCCAGCGUUUCAUUGGCUCAAAGGCCACUCUUGAUAAUAACUCUUCUCGAGGAGUUAUAGUUGGGGAAAUCGUGGAUUCUCGAUCACGGGCUAUGCUUUCGAUUGUCAAUUCCAUUGACGCGGUCGUUGCUAGCAGCGAGCUUAUUUCGAAGGCAGUGGCAAUGGUUUCAGAAGAUGGUUCAGUCAAUCGUUUUCUAAACACAUUAUUUGACCCACAUGACUCCGAAAUCACCCUGGAAAGCGUUGAAUCUUAUGUGGACUUAACAAAAGAUGAGGAAGUCAGUUUCUUUGAACUGAUGGCUCGCGGGAGGAACGUCGGCACAAUUGUGUUAGGCUACCUGGAAAGGGAAAUUGUUGCGUUGAACCCAGGCGAGAAAGAUCUUCGAAGAGGAUGGCACCCAGAUGAUCUUCUUAUUGUUCUGACCCAAGCCCCCUCUGGUUCUUCGUUGGCACCAUCCGAUUUCUUGAGUGAUAUUGCAGACAUUAGGACUAUGGACAUGACCGGAGAACUGGGCUGGGCAGAACCUAUCAGCAUGGGAAAGCGAUGCAAGGUCCGGUUUCGAGGUUAA